UGCUGGUAUAAACCAUGACCACCACUAGACGAGACCUGUUUCAAUAAAGUUUCUUGUGUUUACCUUACAGACUCACUCAAACAUGGCCUCCCUAGCAACCACAGGAUGCGCUGUGAAACAAGGCUCGCAUGGGGAGGGAGGCCGUCAGCCAUCCACACCAGCCCCAGUAAGCUGUGACAGUGACAGGGUGGCCAGAAUGGAGGCUUCAAAGUUCCUAAGGGAAGCUGAGAAGAACCAGAGACAGAUAGAGAAGUUGGAGAAAGAGAAGACACUGAUUUUUCAGUGCAGAAAGAACGGCUGGACAGACGUAUGCGGAGAGCUGGAGGAGUAUGAGAAAGUGCUGGAGGGAGAAAGAAAUGCUGACAAGAUUAAUCUUCAAAAGCAGCUAGUGAAGAUCCAUAAUGGUGUGAGGAAAUUUCAGAGACAGCUGAUAGAUGUAAAACCAACUCCUGAGUUGAUUGAAAGACUACAGGAAAUAAUGUCAGAGGUGGAAAUCUCUCUUAACACAUUAAAAGAGGAACAGCGGUCAAGUUUUGAGGAAAUUUUAAAGGAGGAGCGGACAUACAGACAGGAAAUCACUGCUUACGAGAAGAAGAUUGAAAACUGGAGCCUUGUUGUCCAAUCAGAGAGACCCAAACUACACACAACUCCCCCUGUUAAGAUCAAACCUCCGAACACAGACCUCCCUCCUGAGGUCAGAGCACUGGAGGUUUUCUUUCACAAGACAGGGGGCCCCUAUGGAGGCUGGGACCCGUAUGACCACCAAGCUUUCCUUAAAGUUUGGACAAAGCACGGUGAGCAGCCAGCCUACAAGAAGGAGGCCAAACUGUACCUGCCUGGUAAAACAUUGGAUGAGAUAGAGCAACACAAGGACUGGUAUCAGGAGCUGAAGUACCUGCAGGACAGGAAGAGACAGGCUAUUCGAAGGUGGAAAGCCAUCAAGCAACAGGAACGCCAUACAAGAAUCCAGAGUCAGGAAGAAGCAGAGGAGGCAGAAAGGAGGGAGAUUGAGGCCAAGAGCAAGGCCCACCUACACAAGACCGACGAGGAGAAGAGGGAGACAGCGAGGCGGAUAGAGGAGUGGAGGGAAAAGAGGAGAAGGAAGGAGGAGCAGGAGGACGAGCAAAAACUGGCUGAGGAGAUCCAAAAGAGUAGACGAGCAAAGGAAGAGCGUCGUCGCCAGCUGGAGGUGAAGCUGAGUAUUGAGGAGCAGCUUCGACUGAAGAGGGAGGAGGAGGAGGAACAGGAGAGGAGGAGGAGAGAGGCGGAACAGAGGGAGAUAGAUGAGAGGAGGAGGGAAGCAGCAAAGGGCAUCAAACGCUUUAAUGAAAGGGAUCUUCACAAGGUGGAGGCAAAGCUUCAGGAAAAACAGCAGAGAGAAAAGGAAGAGGAGGAAAGACAGAGAAGAAUCACUGCAAAGUUAAAGGAGAAGGUGGAUGGUCACAUUAGCAGGGACGCCUCCAGGCUUACCAGACCCACAAAGGGCUGGGAGGAGCGAGUGAAACACAUAGGACCCUCAGGAGGAGGGCCUAUGCUUCAGAUGUUUCAUAGAGCCAUUCCCACUUGGAGGCAAGGCCUGUGACGAGCAUCAAAGGAAGCAGUCUGAACAGUCCUAAAAUUGAUUCAAGGCAUUUUACUGCGUUUUUAAAAGAAUUGGAUGAGAUGGAAAGAAGGAAAUAGGACUACAAUACCACAUUGUGCCUUUAUUUAAAUGUAAUGUAUAUUUCUGUUGGAUUUUUUUAAUUGAAUAAAGCUUCAAAUCAA